AUGGAGGAGAUCAGGAGUGAUGACAUGGAGAAGCAAGAUGAAGUUAUGUUACCUGGCUUCAGGUUUCAUCCAACUGAUGAAGAGCUCGUCAGGUUCUACCUCAAGAGGAAAAUCCAGCAGAAGUCUCUUCCGAUUGAGCUUAUCAGGCAGCUAGACAUCUACAAGUUUGAUCCAUGGGAUCUCCCAAAACUAGCAAGCACUGGAGAGAAGGAGUGGUAUUUCUACUGCCCAAGGGAUAGGAAGUACCGGAACAGCACAAGGCCUAACAGGGUGACCGGAGCAGGCUUCUGGAAGGCCACCGGAACCGACAGACCAAUCUACUCCUCCGAUGGAAGCAAGUGUAUAGGCUUGAAGAAGUCUCUCGUCUUUUACAAGGGUAGAGCAGCCAAAGGUGUCAAAACAGACUGGAUGAUGCAUGAGUUUCGGCUGCCAUCACUCACCGACCCUUCAUUGCCGCAGAAGAAGCCACUGGAGAAGACCAUUCCACCAAAUGAUUCGUGGGCAAUCUGCAGGAUUUUCAAGAAAACCAACGCCACAGCGCAGAGGGCGCUCUCACACUCAUGGGUCUCUCCUCCAUUACCCAACACAAAUGGGGCCUACAUACCUCCCCACUUGCAGACCACACACAGAAGUCGACACACCUCAGAGAACACAUCGUCCGCAAUGACCAACAUCAUCUCCUCCAACAUCCAGUUCAGCAGCAGUGGCUAUUUUCCAUCGAUAAUUUCCUCCUGUCAGAGCACUCUCAACAUCAUUGACAGCAUAAGCAGGCCAGCUACAUCCAUAGUUCUCCCACCAUCAGAUGCAGAGCACCAGGCCAUGAGUAUCCUGUCGGCAAUUCCGCUUGAUCUUCCGGCUGGGAUGGACAUUGCAUCGAUGGUUAUGAACGCGUCACCCAUCACAUUCUCCAACAUGGACAGAUCAGCCCCCAUGAACAUUGAGUUUGCGCAGCCGCAACAAUGCAACAACAACAACAUGAUCAGCAGAUGCGUGGUCGACCUGCCUGAUAUCGGCAACAACGUCGGCGGAGCUCCACGGUCCAUGAAUUUCCCAUUCAACAACCUGCAAGGGCCGCUUUCUGAUGACUGGAGAGCGACCGUGCCUUGGGACUCGCUCCCUUGCACCACCGAGGCCUCGACGAAUUACCAGCCGACCAAAUGCUACACUUAG